AUGGCUGAAAAUCCAGCUCUUCAACAGGCAUAUUGUGACUUCAUGAAUGAAUACGAGUCACAAGGUCACAUGGUCGAAGCAUCACCUGUUGAAGACCAUUCUAGAUGCUACUACCUACCACAUCAUAGUGUCAUCAAAGAGUCGAGUACAUCAACAAAGUUGAGAGUUGUAUUUAACGGUUCACAAAAGACAAAUACUGGUGAAUCUUUAAACGACAACUUGUACGAGGGUCCCAAGUUAUUGAAUUCUUUGGUGUCUGUACUCACACAAUGGAGAGCAUAUCAGUAUGUUUUUUCGUGUGACAUACGACAAAUGUUCAGACAGAUCAUCAUCCAUCCUGAUGAUCAAAAGUAUCAAAGAAUUCUUUGGAGACAUACACUCGACUCACCAGUUCAAGAGUACGAAUUAACAACCGUAACAUAUGGUACCAAACCAGCACCAUUUUUGGCUUUGGCUACUUUGAAGCAACUUGAACUGGAAGAGGGAGAUAGGUUCCCGUUGGUUAAAUCAGCUAUUUCACAAGGGUCAUAUAUGGAUGACAUAUAUGUUGGUGCUGAUAAUAUACAACAAGGGGUUGACAAGGUGGUACAAAUACAACAAAUGCUUCACUCAGGUGGCUUCGAGCUGAGGAAAUGGAUAAGUAACUCGAGUGAGUUAUUGAGUAAAAUUUCAGUAGAAUUUCAUGAGAAAUCAUCCACCUCGAGUGAUAGUAAUCAAGUUUUCAGGACACUUGGUCUCAAUUGGGAUACAACAGCUGAUUGUUUUAGUUAUAUUCCAAUAGUAUAUAAAGAACCUAAAGCAAUCACUAAGAGAGUCGUCUUAGCACAAGUGGCUCAACUAUUCGAUCCACUUGGUUGGAUAUCACCAGUCAUAGUUAAGGGUAAAUUAUUUAUGCAAUCUUUAUGGAAGAUUAAGCUUGACUGGGAUGAGCCAAUUCCUGAAAAUUUAUUGGGUCCAUGGAGAGACUUUGUCUCUCAACUGAGUCAUCUAUCUGAGAUAAAAAUACCGAGAUGGUUGAAUCUCACACCAACAGUUUCAUCCAUUGAGAUUCAUGGAUUUGGUGACGCUUCUGAUGCAGCAAUUGGGGCUGUAGUGUACUUGGUGUCUAUUGAUACUCUUGGUGUAGCCAAGAGUAAUAUAAUAGCAUCAAAAUCGAAGCUAGCACCUAUUAAGGCCGAAUCCAACAGCUCCAAUAAAACUAGAGCAACCUGGCAUCAUGUGCCAGGUGAGGAUAAUCCAGCUGAUAUCGUAUCACGUGGUACAUCAUCAUCACAACUGCAUACAGACACGUUGUGGUGGCAGGGUCAACCUGGAUUAUCAAAGUCAAGAUUCAUGGCCUGUGUUGAGUAA